CGGCCUCCUCCUUCUGAACGGCCCUAGUCACUACUUCUUCAUUUACUCUCCAGAUAGUUUCGUAUCUAGCCGCAUACUGCCAGUGACUCGCUGGACUUCUGGACUCCCCGGUCAAGUCUGAGUGAAGCUGGACGCCAAUUCGCAGUGUACUUGAACAAACAUAAGCUUUCUGCAAUCCAACAAUGGUUCUAAGAAAAACGACUACGGGCCUCAUCGCGGUCAAGAAUAGGACAAUCUUGGGGCAGCGGGACCAGGAGGGAACAGUGGAAACUGGCUAUCAAGAUUUGAACGUUCCGACCGACUGAUACUAUGCCCGACAGGAGUAAUUUAUACAAGAACUGUGUUUUGCGAAAUGGAAAUGAUAGUAAAGGCACGAGCGUCCCUCCCACCGAUGGUACUACACGAUAACCACUCCACUCCAUUUUCGGAAAGCACGGGGAACAGCAAACCAGACUAUUACCCAGCGGUAAAGUCAGUAUACAAAGGGAACUCGGGCUUUGGAGAGCACCGGUCUUGACCAGUACUGCGGAGGGGCGAGGGAGACGAGGGGGGUUUAUAAAAAGGGCCCCGUCUCAACCUAAACACGCUCUCCAACAACAACCCUUUCCAUGAACAAGAACAUCGUACUCCCUUCAGCCGACACUUGGGCUCAACAACGCCUCUCGGCUCUGAUCCAAGCGAGCUCCCAGGAAGAUUUCAACUCUGCUUUCGAUCUAUUCAUCUCUCACGACGUGAAAGAGAUCGUCUCGAACGGCGAUAAAAUCUCUCGAGAGGAAUACAAACAGAAGUUCCGGUCCCAAGUGUUCGACGAGAGGGUUGCUACUGUUGCUUUUGCUGGCACGGUCGUGAGCGGGAAAGACGCUCUCCUCUCUGGAGGCACAGGAAACAUAGGGAUGUUCUACACCGCCAAAUACUUUGAAGGUAUACUUAUUCACGCUGCGCCUGUCGAAGUAGACGCGAAGUCGUCUAUCAAUUUGGUUGUCAAACACGAUCCGUCUUUGAAAGCUCCAUCUUUCCCUGGUGGAGGCUUCUUCGAUGGGAGGAGAGUGUUCAAGCUGAACCAGGUUUUGGUGGAUGCUCGUCCAACCGAAGUGGCUCCCGCCACUGCCCAGACUUAGUUUUCCCUUCGUGAAGCCGGGUGCACAUCGACCGACUUUGGUUGAUACCAUUUCUUACGAAACGUAUACCAGGAUUUUGUGUAUGAAUCGAACAUCCUACAUAGGUGGAAUAAGAGAAAAUGCA